AUGUGGGAGCCGGGAGCGGAGAGGCCGGGGGCGGGCUAAGGCUGGGGUAGGACGGGUCCCAGGACCCGGGUGAGGGUUCCGCACCUGGCCUUCAGUAGUGGUCGAGACGCAGGCACCUACGCCAAAGGGGAACAAAGCCGGGCUCGGCCCGAGGCCCCCAGGACUUCCAUCUCCCAAUGCCGGAGGCAGGCAGGGAUAAAUUGGAGAGCAGUGAACAUCCAAAGAAGAUGGGAUGGCCAAGAUGGUCCCUGUUUUAGCCCCCUGGUUCUGACAUUCAUUCAUCUAGAUUUAACCUGCUAUGUGCCGGGCCCUGUGCUAGAAGCUGAGGAUUCAAGAUGGAUAAGGUCUGAGGUAGGACCUGAGACUCUGCAUUUCUAACAAGCUCCCAGGUGACGCUGAUGAAGCUGAUUCAAGAUGUAGAGGAUUUUACAAACUAGUAGAGUAGCGGGUGGACAAGUCCAGGCUAAUCGCCUGGCAACUGGAGGUGGUCUCCGCCCCCUUGCUCGCUGAGGUUCCCUCCCAGGAAUCCGCCACGUGACAGUCGGACCGCCCUCUCAGACUAGAGGAGCCUUGUUAGCGCCAUGGCUCCCAAGAGGCCGCCCUGCCUUCCUUCCCUGCUGUUGCCACUUCUGACGCUGCUGCUGCCCCAGGCGGACACUCGGUCGUUCGUAGUGGAUCGGGAAAAUGACAGAUUCCUCCUGGAUGGGGCCCCCUUCCGCUACGUGUCUGGCAGCCUGCACUACUUUCGGGUACCACGGGUGCUUUGGGCAGACCGGCUCUUCAAGAUGCGAAUGAGUGGCCUCAACGCUGUCCAGUUUUAUGUGCCCUGGAACUACCAUGAGCCAGAGCCUGGGGUCUAUAAUUUUAAUGGCAGCCGGGACCUCAUUGCAUUUCUGAAUGAGGCAUCUAUAGCAAACCUGUUGGUCAUACUGAGACCAGGACCUUACAUCUGUGCAGAGUGGGAGAUGGGGGGUCUCCCAGCCUGGUUGCUUCGAAAAACUGAAAUCCAUCUGAGAACCUCAGAUCCAGACUUUCUCGCCGCAGUGGACUCCUGGUUCAAGGUCUUGCUGCCCAAGUUAUAUCCAUGGCUAUACCACAACGGGGGCAACAUCAUUAGCAUUCAGCCAAGUUCUGCUUUUCCUUUUGGUUGGCAGGUGGAGAACGAAUAUGGUAGCUACAAAGCCUGUGACUUCACCUACAUGAGACACUUGGCUGGGCUCUUCCGUGCACUGCUGGGAGACAGGAUCUUGCUCUUCACCACAGAUGGGCCUGAAGGACUCAAAUGUGGCUCCCUCCGGGGACUUUAUACCACUGUUGAUUUUGGCCCAGCUGACAACAUGACCAAAAUCUUUGCCCUGCUUCGGAAGUAUGAACCCCAUGGGCCAUUGGUGAACUCUGAAUACUACACAGGCUGGCUGGAUUACUGGGGCCAGAAUCACUCCAUGCGGUCCAUUUCGGCUGUAACCAAAGGCCUAAAGAAAAUGUUGAAGUUGGGAGCCAGUGUGAACAUGUACAUGUUCCAUGGAGGUACCAACUUUGGAUACUGGAAUGGUGCUGAUGACAAGGGACGCUUUCUUCCAAUUACUACCAGUUAUGACUACGAUGCACCAAUAUCUGAAGCAGGGGACCCUACACCUAAGCUUUUUGCUGUCCGAAAUGUCAUCAGCGAGUUCCAGGAAAUUCCCUUGGGACCUAUACCUCCCCCCAGCCCCAAGAUGAUGCUCGGACCUUUGACCCUGUACCUGGAUGGGGAUCUGCUGACUUUCCUGGACAUCCUGUGCCCCCAUGGGCCCAUCCAUUCAGUCUUGCCAGUGACCUUUGAGGCUGUCAAACAGGACCGUGGCUUUAUGUUGUACCGGACCUAUCUGACCCAUACUGUUUCUGAGCCAACACAAUUCUGGGUGCCUAACAAUGGAGUCCAUGACCGUGCCUAUGUGAUGGUAGAUGGGGAAUUUCAGGGUGUUUUGGAACGAAACAUGAGACACCAACUGUUUUUGAUAGGGAAAAUAGGGGCCAGACUGGACAUCCUGCUGGAGAACAUGGGGAGGCUCAGUUUUGGGUCCAACAGCAGUGACUUCAAGGGCCUGUUAGAACCGCCAGUUCUGGGGCAAACAGUCCUGACCCAGUGGCUGAUGUUCCCUCUGAACAUCGAUAAGCUUGUGAAGCGGUGGUUUCCCCUCCCGUUGCUGAGAAGUUCACAUCCUCAAGUUCCCUCUGGCCCCACCUUCUAUUCCACAACGUUCCCAAUUUUAGGAGAAGGCGGGGACACUUUUCUCUUUCUACCCGGAUGGACCAAGGGCCAAGUCUGGAUCAAUGGGUUUAACUUGGGCCGCUACUGGACAAGGCAGGGACCACAACAGACCCUCUAUGUGCCUGGACCCCUGCUGUUUUUUGGGGGAACCCUCAACAAAAUCACAUUGCUGGAGCUAGAAAACGUGCCUCCUGAGCCCAAAAUCCAGUUUCUGGAUAAGCCUAUCCUCAAUAGCACUUUGCAUAAGACAUAUAUCUAUUCUCUCUCAGCUGAUACACAAAGUCCCUCUGAACCAAUGGAGUUAAGUGGGCACUGAAAGUAAGGUAAUCCUUGGACUUGGGGCACGGAGUGUGCAGGAUCCCUUGGUGCUGGCCCCGGUGAGCAUGAGGAACCAAAGGCCACAAAGCCUGAAUGCAAGUGCAAGUGCAGUUUCCUUGCCAAACUUUAUUGUGAUUAAAGUUGCAGAGACAGUACCCGCUCCACAACACCUCUGUGGCCCUGUCUUUGCCCUGGUUCCUGAGUGUCUUCCCUAAUCUUCCAAACACUCUGGUUUCAUGGGAAAGAAGGAACCUAGGGCUAGUGUGACUGUGCCCUCUGAGGGCCCAGAGUUGGCCCCAGGCGCAGCCCUAAGAGAUCAGGAAGAGGGCUUUCCAGCCUGGCAGCGAUGAUCCCAGAGGCAGCGUGUGGAGCAGAAAGAGAAGUUGAGAUAGUGAAAGGGAGUGAGGCCUUGGAGGGAUGUCCCACAACUCCAGCAGCGUCUGAACAAGAGAAACACAAAUGGCUGAAUAGGUACCCCGGAAACUUUCCAAUCCAAGUUCUCCCCAUCAUCCCUUUCGCCAUUUCUGGCUUUGCUGCAGAGGGUUCUCAGAGCAUCUCAAGUUCCCUCAACAGCCCUUCUGAGUACUCUGCAGGCGCUCAUCCUACUUGCCCCAGCCCAGCCCCAUCAUAACGCCUGCCCCUGCGCUUACGGAGCACUGAUGACUGCAGAGGCCGGGGUCUGAGGGGCCGGGGCUCCCAGCUGGGCAGCCAGUCGGCGCUCUGCAGCCAGAGCUCUCUGCGGGGAAGAGAAGUCUUGUUAAGGGCAAGGCCCCAGUGGUGGACUGGAUGCUCCAGAAGUGACAGCUGCACACCAGGAAGGGGUCUAAGGAGGUCUUAGCCGUGGAAGAGAACAGCCAGCUCACCUUCUCGCAAUCGGUGAGGGCAGCGAAGCGCCGCCGCUCCUCUUGCUCUCGCUCCUCCUGCUCCCGCUGCUCCCGCUGCUGUUCUUCCCGCUGCCGCCGGGCAGCCUUCUGCUCCCUCUUCCGCAUAGCCUGCCGUGCCUCCAUUUCUGGCGUUAGUGGCCCUGGCACCUGGAGGAUUUCCGGAGAGGUGUAAGCUCACCUGAGCCUUUCUGUAAUCAUAAGCAUCUGGAUUCUUCUCCAUGAACCUUCGGAACUCAUUACGUGUUGACUUGUCAGCUGCGACUGUAUACGGUGGCCGGGCCCUGGAGUCCCUAGGUGUAAACCCACCCCCCAAAAAAUGGGUUCAACUUGUUUCCUGCAUCUCCCAGCCUCACCCACCCAGAUCAAGAGGAAUACUGUCAAGUCGCCAGUACCACCCUUAGCCUCCGGAUGAUCCUCUCUAUACCCCAAAGGGCUCGGCCUGGGGACCCUUACUCACUGCACGGUAGGGUCAGCACCCGCCUCCAGCAGCAUGCGAACCACUGAGCCUCUCCCAGCUGCUGCUGCCGCGUGCAGGAGCGUGAAGCCCCCGGAGCCCAAAGGGGCGCUGAGCAGAGACAGAACUCCGGGGUCUAUGGGGUCGGCAGCUAGCUGGAGUUUCAACAUCCCAACAUCUCCAGCUCGGCAAGCAGCUAGAAGCAUGUCCCAGAGCUCUGACAGAUCGGGGGUCUUGGCCUCAUCCAGGGAAGGCCCCUGAGGGGCUGUUUGUGCCUGGGCGGACUGUGAGAAGGCCUCAUCUUGCAUUUGCUGGGGAAGAGCCUCCGGGUCUCGGCUUCUCUCCUUAUUCCUUUUCCUCCUCCUCCGCUUUGGCAAUACCUCAAACUCCCGAAGAUCCAGGGUCCCCACCGUCAUCUCUACUAGCUCCAACUCUACCUGGAAGCUGUCCUCUCCCUCCGACCCUGAACCUGGGGAAAAUGAGACGUUAGGUCCUUCUAAAGAGAUACACAGAGGGUGGAAGUAUAUGGGCUGCCCCAGAUGCAUAAGAAUGUACAUAAAGAGAUAAUUCAGACUGUCUU